GGGGGGCCCAAGGGCCGCCCCGGCCCCUCCCGCCCUCCGGCAGCGGCGGCCGGCAGGAUGCUGCCCUCGCAGGAAGCCUCCAAGCUGUACCAUGACAACUACGUGCGGAACUCGCGCGCCAUCGGCGUGCUCUGGGCCAUCUUCACCAUCUGCUUCGCCAUCAUCAACGUGGUGGUCUUCAUCCAGCCCUACUGGGUGGGCGACAGCGUUAACACGCCCAAGCCCGGGUACUUCGGGCUGUUCCACUACUGCGUGGGCAGCGGGCUGGCGGGCCGGGAGCUGUCGUGCCGCGGCUCCUUCACCGACUUCAGCACCAUCCCCUCGGGCGCCUUUCAGGCGGCCGCGUUCUUCGUGCUGCUCUCCAUGGUGCUGACGCUGGGCUGCAUCACCUGCUUCGCCCUGUUCUUCUUCUGCAACACCGCCACCGUCUACAAGAUCUGCGCCUGGAUGCAGCUGCUGGCAGCGCUCUGCCUGGUGCUGGGCUGCAUGAUCUUUCCCGAUGGCUGGGAUGCAGAGACCAUACGGGACAUGUGCGGGGAGAAGACAGGGAAGUACUCCCUGGGUGACUGCUCUGUGCGCUGGGCUUAUAUCCUGGCCAUCAUCGGCAUCCUCAACGCCCUUAUCCUUUCCUUCCUGGCCUUUGUUCUCGGCAACCGGCAGAACGACCUGCUGCACGAGGAGCUCAAGACAGAGAGCAAAGAUUUUGUUGGCACUGCGAGGAUAUAAGGCCGACCAUCCGCAGCAGGACCCUCUUCCCAUGGCCGGCAGCCUGGGCGCUCCCUCCCUGUCCUGCCCUCCAUUUGCUGCCAGCGGCCACACAGCGUCCCGCGCCGCCCUCCGGGCCCCGGUGCCCGUGCCAGGGAUGCGCCAGCCGCCCGCCGCAUCCAUGGCCACCUCCAUGUCCACGCCGGCACCACCAUCCCACGCACCCUGCCAGCUCCGUACCCACCGCUGCCUGCGGGCCGCCGCCGGGGGAGGAUGCCUCAAACCCGCUUUGUUCAAGAACAGAAUCCAGCUGCGGUUUUGUUUCAAGGAAAAAACAGUCUUGGAGUUUUUAACAGAUUUCUACAUCCCCAGGACUCCUGACCUGCUGCCUCCCACCCGAACGCGCACCCUGUGACGCCCCGUGCCGGCCGCUCCGGGUCCCGGACCCCUCCCCACUCCCAUUUUGUACAGCUCCGUGAUCCUGUCUCCACAGCCAGGGGACCCGGUGGCCGGGAUGGGGCCCAACCCCUACUUUUACAUGUAAAUUCAUAUUCUCUAAACAGGGUAAAGUGACUCGAGCCCCCUCUCCCCCCGCUCCGGGAGUCCAGCCCAGGACAUGGUGUUUCCUGGUGCGUGGCUGGGGCCGCAGGCUGCUGCUCGCUCCCCUCAGCAUGGGGACCGCGGGGGCCUUGCCGCUGCCGGCCGUGGGACACCCGACUCGCGCCGCCGUUGAAUGUAAGCCCUGGUAAGUGGGAGCAGCUGAACAUGCAAAACCCCCGGGCGGGCACAGGAGGAACCCCCUCUGCCAAGACCCCUCCCCGAGCCGGCCGCGGGCUGUUGCCAAACGCCUUCCCUCCCCAUCCCCAUACGGUGCUUUAUCUCCACUGGUGACAGCAAGGCUUUCCCUGCCGCACGGCAUGGCUGGGUACCCGAGCACUCCUGUACCCACCCGGCCUCCUGGCUGUACCUCGCCGGCGGCCUCCCAGGCCCACACACCGCACCCGAGAGCCGACACCCCGGCGCGGGUGGCUGCAGCCUGGCUGUGGCUCUGCUGGCCACACCAGCGUGUGUGUGCGCUGGCUUUCCCUGGCCGCAGGGGCUUGGGUCACCACAGCCCUCGCAAUGCAAUAAAGUCCUCAGCCGUGUCUCAGUGCGAGCAGCUGGGGCUCCUUGCAGGGCCCAGGGCAGGGCCCCCAGGGCUGGUUGGAGCCCUGGCAGGGCUGGACCCAGACACUGGGCAAGGCCAGGGAGCGGGGCAGUGGGAGCAGGGUGGGACCACGGUCCUGGGAUGGGGCCACGGAGCGUGCAGGCUGCUGGGGGAUGGCGUGAGGGGCUCUGCAGGACCCAGCGCCUCACCCGGCACCGGGGGCGGGCUGGAGCAGGUAAGUGGUGCCCUGAGGCCCUGGGGCGUGGCGGUGGGGGAUGGAGCUGUGCCGAAACACCAUCUGGGAGCCAAAGCCACCCGGGACGGAGUGCGUGCCAGCACUCCUGCCAGUGCCCUCCGCCAUGAGCCCAGCGGUGCCCACAUCCCUCUGACAGCUGCCCCCCAGAACGAGGUCAACAGGAACUCGCAGCGCCCGGGUCUUGCCAGCUUGAGAGUGCUGUUGCCAGCCGAAUUGGAAAAACAAACCAAGAAAAUCAGUGGAGAAAGGAAUACAGUAGCUGUAAUAUAUCUGUAUUUUAGUACAAAGUUUGAUACAGUGUUUCACAAAACCUUAUUGAAAAAUAUAAUUCAAACCA